AUGUGCGCGUGUUUGUCUCUGUGGGUGUGGGUGUGUGGCGCCAUCAUCAACCUCUCUCUCUCUCUCUCGUUAUGCACUCCUCCUCCCCAGUUUGCAUGUGGCUCCCCUGCACACAUGCGAGGUCUGCAACGUGUGCCGCGGUACCGAGACCCCCUCGUCCGCAAUGUAGCCCGAAUGCUCCUGCGCGGCUUGCAAGAGCAGCAUCAUACACCGUCCUCGACAAGGCUCGAACUGGAGGUGCGGCUCGGCAGCAUCCUGGCGCACACUCGCGCACGUCAGCUAGAUAUACCCAUUCCCGUAGCGUCGCCAGCCUUGAUGGAUGAGACGGCGCGCAACGUCUACCAAUUCCAUGCUGGCAUUUCGCGUCCACUGCUUCACGGGAUGCAGGCGGCUCUGCUAGAGGCUGGUCUUGCCACGCGAAACGACAUGGACCUGCAAGGCGGGAGAGUUGAUGUACACGUGUUUCUUUCCAAUGAUAAACGGCUUCACUGUCGCUACCAACCGCUCCACGGGGAGACUCACGGUGCGCGCGCAGACGGCGUCAAGACGGCUGCCUCAAACCGCGAGGUGCCGCCGUACAAUCCGCUGUGCCUCACCCAGAGUAUCACGGUUCUGUCUGCCGAAAAGAAGAGCCGGUUGGCUAUGUUGGACAUGUGCUGCCCAGGCUGGUGCGCUGACCUGCGCCUCGCUCUCUCUAAGGAGACGGAGGUGCCCGUUGAGCUGACGGAUGCAACGAAGGAGCGGGCGAUCGCGUCGCGCUGCCGUGCGCGCACGUCCGUCCCGGUCGGGCGUUUGUUUUCGGUUCAAAUGACACAGUCGAUCUUCAGUCGGGAUGUCUGGUGGUACCCGCCCCCGGCCGCGCGCUCCUACCUCGAGAUGGACGCGGGCGCGUCAUCGUCACCCCCGGCGGUCACAGGCACGACCGUGUUCGGCGUCGGCACGGUGCUCCCAACACCAGUGCUGUUUUAUCCGGAUAAAGCGGCGGGACGUAUCGGUCGGAGCGACGCGGAGACCACGAUCGAAGUCGAGGUGGAGAUCAACCUGCGCGCGCUGAUGCGUGAGUGGAAACGCGUGUAUGGGGGUGCUGCGGCGUCUGCAUACCUAUCCACCUCGGCGCUUGUGGAUACAACGUGCGCCGGAACGUCAAUUGCAGGCGACGCAUUGCUGAAGCCGUCAAUAGCCACGGCAACCAGAGAUGACGACGCUGAUAUGCACGCCACGGUAUUGGCGGAGAGGGAAGACCCCUAUCUCUUGCGCGUGGCCGAAGAAGUGAUGGCAGUGGUGCAGCUGCUCACCAAGGUGCGCGUCGUCGAGUGA